UUUACUUUACUUUUGUAUAUCUUUUUUGAAUCAAGGAAUAAUGUCUCGUCACCCUCAUGAUGUCGAUGAGGAUUCACCAUUGAUCGAAGGAUCCAAUUCUGUAAACGGUUAUCGUUCUACUUCUGCUGUUGGUGGCAGUGGUCCUGAAGACGAAAUAGAGACAGUCGAGAUACAUUUACCCGAUGACGAGGAUAACACCAAGCAUAUUAAUGAACCCACCAUUGAAGAGGUUCUUGCCAAACGUCUUGGUGGAGCAUCCCUAAUCACAGUUCUUUGCGGUCUUUGGGUAGGUGUCACCCUGGCCUCUCUGGAUUCCUCGAUUGUGGCAACCAUUUACGCUCAAAUCGGAACAGAAUUCAAAAAGUCAAACGAAAUCAUCUGGAUCGCAACUUCCUACAUGCUCAGUUAUACUGCUCUUCAACCCCUCUAUGGCCGAAUCUCGGAUGUAUUUGGUCGCAAGACAGCUCUGAUGUUUGCCUCUAGCGUAUUCUUUAUCGGUUCGUUCCUUUGCGGUGCUGCCACAAGUCUCUGGACUCUGGUGUUUGCUAGAGCAAUUGCCGGUAUCGGUGGUGGUGGUAUCAACACCAUGACAACCGUAAUUGUUAGUGAUCUGGUUCCUCUCCGUGAGCGAGGCAAAUAUCAAGGCUAUGGUAACAUUGCAUAUGCAGUUGGUUCUGUUGUAGGUGCACCUCUUGGUGGAUUCAUUACAGAUAACUUUGGAUGGCGUUACUGUUUCUUCAUUAACCUUCCCCUGAUGCUGAUUACCAUCUAUGUUGCGUCCAGCCUGAUGUCGAACUACAAUCUCGAGGAGCAAGACGUUACUUCGAGCCUUGUGGAGAGAAUUAAGAAAAUCGAUUAUAUCGGCGCCGCUACAAUCGUCCUCGCGGUCGUUGCCUUUUUGCUGGCCACUUCUUUGGGUGGAAACUUGCGUCCAUGGUCCGAUCCAUUGGUAAUCGGGUGUCUGGUCAGUUCUGUCAUUCUUGGUAUUCUAUUCUGCUACGUUGAAGCACGAGUGGCCGAAAACCCUCUGAUGCCCUACCACAUCAUCUCGGCACAGACUCCCCUGGCAUGUUCUUUCGUCAACUUUUGGACUGUGAUGUGCUCCACUGCCAUGAUCUACAUUGCACCUCUCUUCUUCCAGGGCCUUUUGGGUUACAGUUCUACUCAAUCCGGUGUGUUCUUCUUGCCAAAGGUCGCCUCGGUCUCAACUGGCUCCGUUCUCUCGGGAGUCUACAUGUCCCGCACAGGUGAAUAUCGCACUUUGACAAUCACCGCCGCAUUUGGUUCGCUUGUGUCCAUGCUUUGCUUCUGUACCUGGAACCCCUCUACAUCUGUAACCUUUAUGCUCUUGACCUUGCUUAUCGAUGGUUUCACAAUGGGUAUUAUUAUCACCACUGCGCUCAUUUCAAUGUUGUCUUGUGUUGGACAGAAAGAAAUGGCAACAAUCACAUCCAUGUCAUAUCUUUUCCGUUCGGCCGGUGGCGUAAUUGGAAUUUCUGCAACCUCUGCAAUCUUCCAAGCCGUGGUCAAGAAUCGUCUUACAGAGCUCAUCACUGGUCCCAAUGCUGCAGAGUACAUUGAAAUUGCUCGUAAAUCAAUGACCGAGGUCAGAAGCUUGCUUCCUGUUGAUGUGUUGGAUAUCGUGCUGGACACCUACCAGAUUGCUUUGCGAUACUCCUUCUUCUCGUGUGUCAUUAUGGCUUUGUUGAGUUUCAUCUGUAGUUUCUUUAUCCAAAGAUUCGAAUUAGCCACCAAAAUCAAGAAAUAAGAAAAAGGAUAUAUACUCACACACACACAAAAGAGAGAGAGAGUGAGAGAAAAGGAUCAAAGGCAAAGAAACAAUAUAUCAUUAGUUUGGAUCUAACUUACCCUUUACAUUACCUUGCCUUUUCACUUGCUCACUCACUCACUCACUUGAAACAUACAUUUACAUUUACACAUUUACACAUACAUAUAUACAUGCAUACGUGCAUACACAUAUACACACACACACACACACAAAUACAUAACACAUAUUUCUCUUAUUAUAAUUUAUUUAUUUAAAAUAAAUAAACAAACAAACAUGAGUGUGUAUAAAACAUGUAUAGCUUAUUCAAUAUAUCAAUUCAACUAUU